UCCAGUGAAGGCACUUAUUUUAGAUCUUAAUGAUGAGUAAAAGUAAAAUGCUUUCAAGCACACCUUUUCUGCUCUCAUCGUUUCUAUUGGUAUCGGCAAUUUCGAAAACAACAUCACAAUGUCCCUGGCAAAGGGACGUACUUGAACUGCAGACGUCUUGCAUUUGUGCCUAUAAUUUGGGUCAAGAACUCUCCGUCCAAUGCGAUCAGGUGAAAUUCUCUACACUCAUAGACGCCUUAAACGCAUUUACCAAAGAAAAACCGAUAGAUCUACUUUACGUUAAUAAUUCAACAAUUAGUGAAAUACCGAAUGGCAUCUUUGCAAAUUUUACUGUACGUAAUGUACAAUUAUCAAAUUGCCAAAUAAGCAAAAUUGGAGACAACGCUUUUAGCGAACAAGAAACGUCCCUCAAAAAUCUAAAUUUGCAGGACAACUUGUUGACAGAAGUCCCAGUUAAAGCAGUCCGAAGCCUAAGUAAACUCAAUCUAUUAGAUUUGUCAAAAAAUCUUAUUACCUUUAUACCAAAUGGAGCUUUCUCAAGUCUAUCAAAAUUAUCUACCCUGAAGUUAAAUGAAAACAAUGUUACAAUGGAAGAUGCAGCUUUCAGUGGUCUCGAAGAUUGUCUUAAAAAUCUAAACCUAAAAGGCACCCACCAACAUAUCAUUCCCGAAAGUAUACGCGGGCUAAAAAGCCUAGCAUUUCUGGAUCUUUCUUUAAAUGUGAUUAAAGAAUUACCUGGGCCUGGAGGAAUUCAUACAUUCGACGGGCUGGAUUCUUUAACUGCUUUAAAUUUGGAACGUAAUUUUAUACAAAGCCUAGGGGAAACGUCUUUUGCUGGUAUCCGCAAAACUCUAACCUCUUUAAGUUUGUUAAAUAAUUUAUUAGCCGAAUUUCCUAUUGGCGCGAUACAUGCUUUGAAGGAAUUGCGUGUUUUAGAUGUAGGGUUCAAUUUGCUCACCAUACUGCCCGAAGAAGCUUUCCGUGGCAAUCCCACUAUCACUUUAUUGGCUCUAGACGGAAAUCCUUUGUUGACAGCACCCGAAAAAGCUUUCACACAUCUAAACUUAACGCUGCGGGGUCUAUCGUUGGGAGGUAGAUUUCUACACUGUGAUUGUAAAUUAAGAUGGGUUGCUGAAUGGAUCCGUAAUGGCGAUUUACAAGUUACAUCACGUGAACGAAAUCCACAAUUUUGCGGCUCGCCAGCUCGAUUCCGGGAUCGGGGAUUUUAUUCCCUACAACCGGAAGAGUUGAUAUGCUCAGAAAAGAAAACGACUGCAAAUAAUACUAAUAAUGAAAUGGAUGACUUGGAAACUCAACAAGGAUCGACAAGCUCACUCUUGGAUUAUUUCACAGUUGCUGAUACAAAAACCAAAACAACAGGUAUUAAAUCUAUUAAAAGGCCUAGUCGGCCAGAAUUAUUGUCACAAACCAACGCAACGACUGCAAUCAUCCCCAUAGCUUCAACAAGGUCAACCACUCCCAAAACGACACCUAGUUCCGCAAUUACACCUACAAAAUUUUCAAGCACGACAACUAGUCCAUCAUUAUCCAGCGACGAGGGUUUGACCACGCCAACAAAAACCCCCAGCAUGGGUAUCAAUUCAGUGACAACCAAUUCGCUAAAUAUUAAUGACAGCGAUCUUCAUUUUAAUAGUAAACAGUCUCCUACCUGGCGUCCCAACAAUACCGCGACAUCUUCGGUAAUAUUAAACGGUGCGCCACACAAAGAGCAGCGUCCACCAUUGGUGUUGGGGUUCCCCGCUCAACGUGGCACUCGUAUCGACGACGCUAAUGAAGUGCAAGUGAAGAACGCUUUUCGGCAAGACAACUCCGUGAUCAUACAAUGGGAUUCCGAUACAGCAAACAUACUAGGAUUUCGGGUAGUUUAUCGACUUUUUGGCGAGAAAACGUUUAAACAAGGACCACCACUAGAAUCAAGUGAACGCGAAUUCAAAAUAAAGAACGUACCAUCUCACGAUUGCAUUAUAGUUUGUGCGAUUUCCUUAGAAGAAUUACAUGUGACUCCUGAAACGGUUCCAUAUCAACAAUGUCGAGAAGUACGUACAGUUGCCUCGCAGGCAUCCAAAAUGGACAAGAUAACAAUUGUGGCUAGCGCAGCCAUAUGUGGUACUAUCAUUGUAGCAGUAAUCGUAUUUAUAGCAGCGAGUAGGUAA